AUGGCCAGGACAGUCAACGUCUUUGUUCGCUCACCAGACACUCGUUCAGAGCGGCGAUAUGAUCUGGCUCUCACAGUAGGGCAACUCAAGAACAAGUUGGAGCUAGUGACCGGCAUACCGCCUCAGAACCAGAAGAUAUCGGUGUAUGCCAACGAAGAUGUACCAGAGCCCAUCAUCGUUUUGUCCGAUGACAAUCGGCCACUUGGUUUCUACGGCGUCCGCGACUGGCAGCUCUUGAAAGUGGACGACUUGAACCCGUCAGUGUCGUUUACCGGGCAGCUCACGGACACUUCCCAAGUGGAUAAAUUUGAGCUAAGCCCAGAGGAGUAUGAGCAGAGACAAGACACUGUGCUUGCAUACAAGCAGCGGAACAAGAUCGGCCGAUUUGCCGAAAAGCCCGCCGAGGAGGAUGUGGAAGGGGAGGAGGUAGAAAUCCAGAUUGGCGCACGAUGCGAAGUAGAGUCCGCCGAGGAAGAUUUCCGGAAGCGAGGGACUGUGAAGUUUGUUGGGUCGACGGAGUUUGCCAAGGGCGUGUGGGUGGGCAUCGAAUACGACGAACCCAUAGGGAAGAACGAUGGCUCUGUCAAGGGCAAGAAGUACUUCGAGUGCAAGCCAAACUUUGGUGUCUUUGUGAAGCCGGACCGAGUCAAAGCAGGCGACUUCCCCGUCGAGGAGAUCAACUUCGAUGAUGAGGAAAUGUGA